UUCAAAAUUUGGCACAAAACUAGCAAGAUCGAGGAAGAGGACAAUUCGAUUACAUCAGCUGGUAUUUAUUUUAUCGACCCCCAUCCUACACCCGCCGAAAGGAUGAAACGCGAAGUUGACCUCGGCGGAAUUUGAAUUCAGAACGUAAAGAUGGAAGAUUAUAUAUAUAAAUAUGAGCGGCUAACAAAAGACUCAACAUACUUUCUUCUGAUGGUUUAUAUUGAAAUUUUCAUUAAAACUGACACUCUUUUUAAUGUCCUACAAACCAAAAUGAUAGACAUUUCAUAAUGCAUUGAGGGGAUUAAUGGAACAAUAAAUUUACUUGAAAAUCUACACAAAAGUUUCGAGGAUUUGUAUGUAAAGUUUGAAGAAUGUUGCAGAGAAAAUAACUUAACCAAGUCAAAAUCUCAUACAAAAGGUUCAUUUAAAGAAAAAAGAAUGGGAAUGUUUGGUGUAAUUUUGGAUUACAUACUGAAGAACAUGAAAGCAAGAUUUGCUGAUUUCAAAAACUUAAAGUUCAUUUCAUUAGUUUAUGAAAAUAAAUUUCAAGAUCUUGCUUGCCAAGUUGAUAAGAAUGCAUUUGAACGUUUAGAAAAGAAUUAAGGAAACUUUUUAGAUAUCAUAAGACUGAAAGCGGAUUUAGCUAGAAUUUACAAUGCACAGGUGUUUCGAGAUAAAUCUGUUAAAACUUUGCUUCAUUUUAUAUUUGCAAAUAAACUAACCCAAACGUUCCCCGAAGCUGUGAAGUUGCUGCAAUUAAUCUUGACAGUUCCUACUACAACUGUUUCUGUGGGGAGGUCGUUUUCUGCUUUGAAAAGAAUUAAGAGAUACACUAGGAACAGAAGGACAAAUCAAAAAAUUUCCUUACUUGCUUUAAUAUCCAUUGAAAAGGAAAGACUUAACAAAAUGGAGCAAGAAAUAAUACAUUUCUAAAUCUCUCAGAGAGAUUUAUGCAGUAGUGAUACGAUGAAGUAGUUGUAUGCUGUCAACUUAAUGUGACAGUCCCCUAAAGGGAAUAAUACUACUGUUGGUUAGACCUAGGAAACUGCACUGCCGCGUGUCUGUCGAGUGCACAUCUCUUUGCACGUUAAUUUCACGAACAGGCUGUUCUGUUGAUCGGAUCAAUUCGAACCAUCUUUGUCGUAACCGACUGAAUGCCAUUUUAGUAUAUACAAAUAAGUAUGUUUGGAGAUUAUUUAGAAGUACUUCGGCGUUAAUAGGCGACAUAAUUAUACACUGAAGCGGAUCUUAUUAAAGUGGAUUUCUUUUUAUUGUUGUGUCGUUAGCUAUUUUUCGAGAACAGGUUAAAAUUUUCCACCAACGUACGUACGUAUAAAUACGGUGCGUGUUGUCGUUCUCAUCACUCCAAGCUGUGGAAGACCUUAGUACAGGAAUUACGAGGACUACAAUCGCAGAUCAUAAUACUAGCCUCAAAGUUUCAAACAAUAUUUAGAAAAUGGAGCAAAACAACAGUGUCAACAUUUGUGCUAGUAUUUUAGAAGAACUAAAUACUAAAAUAAUGUAUCUCGGAAUUUCAACGGCACUUGGAGCAAUUGGAAAUUGCUUUGUAUCAUACAUAUAUUAUUAUAAAUUUGAUGAGACAGCCACGCAUAUGUUCAUUGUAGCACUCUCUGUGUGUGAUUUUCUAACUUCCAUAAUAGGUAUACCUAUGGACAUUGUGGUCCUACAUUAUUCCUACACUUUCGACAGUGAUAUUACAUGCCGUGUGAUACGUUAUGUGGUAGCUAUAGCAGUAAUCAAUUCAGCUUUGAUUGUGUUUGUUAUAGCAAUUGAUAGAUACAUUCUUAUAUGCCGACCUCUUAAGCAAAAUAUUUCCGUUAAAAAUUCAAAACAAAUUCUAGCAUUUUUUACAAUCUUCACGGUUGUUGUUUCUAUACCAGCAAUUUUUGUACACGGCAAACAAAACAAAAUGGUAAAACGAUGUGGAAAUAUAGGAAAGGAGUGUACACUUUUCCCCUAUAUAAAUGGCACAAUGCAUCCUUUAGCCUAUUAUUCUUUCGUGUUGACCGUUUCCUGUUGUAUGUUAAUAAUUCUUUUGAUUAUAUACUCAUUAAUUGGCAUGCGCAUUUGGAAAAUUUACAAAGCGAAGAAAAAUAAAGCAAAUCAGUUUCGCGAAGCCUUCACAACUCGUACCAUUUCCAAACCUGAAGGUCAGUUUACAGAUAGUAGUUCUUCAGAGAAGCGAUCUACCUCUUUUGUGCGUCUUAGAAAACAAUCAAUGCCACCAGCUCGGUCUAAUUUAAUAUUCUUCAUCAUCACUUUGGUGUGGAUUAUCGCUUAUAUACCACAUUUCGUCGGAGUAUUGUGGAAGUUGCUCGUUAAAGAUUUUGAAGUCGUUGCAAGUGAUAAAGAACUAGUGAUUAACAAAUUAUUAACCUAUUCUCUUUAUCUCAGCUCUUCUCUAAACCCGUAUAUUUACGGACUUUUCAAUCGACGGUUUCGUAAUGAAUUGCUGGCUUUAUUUCGCAAUCUUUUCAAACCAUGUAAAAAGUAAAAUAUCG